GGUCUGAACCCCGACUGCUGCAUACCUAUUUCGGUGAUCGGCCCCUGGGAGCUAGUUAUCUGUUUGGUGUGUUCCUGGUGUCAUUUUGUGGAGCACCUACAUGUCUUCCUAGUCGUCCACUUAGACUUUGUUCCCUCAAGUUGUUUCGAUCUCCCUUCCCAAGGUGCACACGCACCUGACCCUCGAUUUCCUCCUUAAAACCACACCAACCCACCUCAGCCUGGCAUCGGCUCCGUGAGCCGCCAUCCACUUUCUGCAAUCCCCGAUUGUCAGUUGCAAACACCCAACUUUACGGAACCCAUCCCCCAUAUAUAACCGGGUUACGAUAUCAAUAAUUCGGUCAUGCGACGAACACGAAUCUAAACUCCGUCCAUCACCAACGACCCUGUUUCUUCCGCAUCUCGCCAUCGAUGGCCUUGUUGGUGGUCUAUACUCGCCCAGAAACCUGCGAAUUCUAUCGAUCGGCAACCCACCACCACCCGGAUACCCGGCGCACAAGUUUGUAAGGGGAAGCCUGCGAUAUCACUUCAUAUGGCGCCCGGCAACUCGAACGCGGGCGCCAGCGGGGGCCCGGCGAGCGCGAAUGCCAGCUCUAGGGCGUCACCGGCCAUCAACAAUCACUCGAAUUCGAAAGCGAUGCACGGUCUGCCGGUCAAUUCGAACGGCUAUCACCCUCCAAAAGGCCAACAGUUACCGCUUAGCUCAAUGACGAGCCCCCCACUCGAUUUGGACUCGGUAGAGCGGCGAGGGCAGCCAACCGCCGCCCGGGAGCCCCUGAAGCGCAGGGAGCGUCUGAAUGGCGUCGAAGAAGCCCCGACGUAUUAUCCGACCGCAGAAGAGUUCAAGGAACCUAUGGCAUACAUGCGCAAAAUUGCACCGGAGGCUCGCAAAUAUGGCAUCUGCAAGAUCGUACCGCCCGAUACCUGGAACCCCCCAUUUGCGAUUGAUACGCAGAAAUUCCAUUUCCGCACACGCAAACAGGAGCUGAACUCAGUCGAAGGAAGCACGCGGGUUAACAUGAACUACGUUGAUGCACUGGUCAAAUUUCACAAUCAGAAUGGGAAGGAGAUCCGACUUCCAUAUGUCGACAAGAAGCCUCUUGAUCUGUAUAGGCUCAAGAAAGCUGUCGAGAAUCGCGGAGGGUUUGACAAAGUGUGCAAAUCCAAGAAGUGGGCAGAAAUCGGACGUGAUCUUGGUUACAGCGGCAAGAUCAUGUCGUCGCUCUCGACAUCUCUGAAAAAUUCGUACCAAAAAUUCCUUUGUCCUUAUGAGGAAUACCUUCGCGCUGCCAGGCCUGGUGUCCACCAACAACUAGAACUCGAAUACGGCGGACCAUUGACACCGAGCCCGGCCCCAAGUCCGAUGAAAAAGUCAAAUAUGAAUACACCCGCCAGCGCGAGGGCAGGAUCCCCAACGAGACAAGCAUCGGAUGCGCUACAGGCAACAGUUAAUGGAAAAUCUACUGCGAUCAAGGACAGUACCAAAUCGGCGCCUUCACCUGCGCCCCAACCUGCGUCUGGAUUUACAUCAAUAAAUUCUGGUGGUUUCAAGGCAGUGAAUACUGGAGGUUUCACUAGUGUCAACAGGACCCCUCUGCCCACUGGCGAUUCCACAACCUCGACUCCUGUCAAGUCUCUUGCCGGCGCCGUUUCCGCGAAAAAUACUCCAGAGUAUCGGCCCUCGGCACUCGGGGCAGCCAAUGCGCUCAAGCGACAGCUCAGUUGCGAUAGCCUAGAUUCAAGGAAUGAGAAUGGCGACUCCAAGGAAGAUGCGGAUAGCAACAGCCGAAGGAGUAAGCGGAUUAAGAAGGAGAACGUUCCGACCGUAGCUGGGUCACAUAUGACACUCUUUCGACCAUCGUUACCGCGAUUCCCGAAAGACGACUCCACCCCGUCCCCUGAUAAAUGUCAUCUGUGCGCGAGGGGCAAAGAGACUGGUUUUAUCGUCGUGUGCGAAAGUUGCGACUAUGGAUACCAUGGCAUGUGCCUCGAUCCGCCUCUCAAGACGAAACCAGACACCGAAUGGAACUGCCCACGAUGCUUGGUUGGAGACGGCAGGUUUGGGUUCGAAGAGGGCGGUCUUUACUCCCUGAAGCAGUUCCAGGAAAGGGCUGCCGACUUCAAGCAGUCGUACUUUGAAAAGAAGAUGCCAGUGGAUCCUCAGCUCAACUGCCACCGGCCAGUCACCGAGGAUGAUGUCGAGCGUGAGUUUUGGAGGCUGGUGUCAAGCAUAGAAGAAACAGUUGAGGUCGAAUACGGUGCCGACAUUCACUGCACAACACACGGCUCCGGAUUCCCCACGGCGGAAAAGAACCCAGACGAUCCCUAUUCCACGGACCCAUGGAACCUGAACAUAUUGCCAUUACAUCCCGAAAGCCUUUUCAGGUACAUUAAGAGCGACAUUUCGGGAAUGACGGUCCCUUGGGUAUAUGUUGGCAUGAUAUUCUCGACCUUUUGCUGGCACAACGAGGAUCACUACUCGUACUCUGCUAACUAUCAGCAUUUUGGUGCCACCAAGACGUGGUAUGGCAUUCCGGGUGAAGAUGCCGAAAAGUUUGAGGCUGCGAUGCGGGAAGCCAUUCCAGAGCUAUUCGCGACACAGCCAGACUUACUUUUCCAGUUGGUGACACUGCUGCCACCGGAGCAGCUGAAAAAGGCGGGCGUUAGGGUUUAUGCCAUCGACCAACGGGCAGGGCAAUUCGUCAUAACCUUUCCGCAAGCAUAUCACGCUGGUUUCAAUCACGGCUUCAACUUUAAUGAGGCGGUCAAUUUUGCCCCGAGUGACUGGGAGCCUUUCGGUUUAGCUGGUGUCGAAAGGUUGCAGCAGUUCAGGAGACAGCCGUGCUUCUCGCAUGAUGAGCUUUUAUGGACCGCAGCAGAGGGGAUCGCGUCUGGAGGUUUAACGAUACAAACGGCGAAGUGGCUUGCUCCAGCGCUCGAACGGAUUCAUAGCCGAGAGCUAGCACAGAGACAAGCUUUCGUUACGAAGCACAAGGACUUGGCGCAACACAGUUGCGCUGUAGCCGGCGGCGAGGACUCAUCUUGUCUUCUUGCUUUCAAGGUUGAAGACGAGGACGUGCCAGAGGAAGAGUACCAGUGUGCCUACUGCAAGGUAUACACAUAUCUGUCCCGUUUCAAAUGCCUCAAGUCCGGACAGGUCCUCUGUCUGUUACACGCAGGGCACCAUGCGUGCUGCGACGCUCCGGAACAAAACCGUCUCCUGGGAGACCAGCACGUCAUACUAUACCGGAAAGCUGAAGAUAUCAUCGCUGCUACGUACAAAAAGGUCGCAGACAAGGCCAGCGUUCCUGAAGCCUGGGAAGAGAAGUACGACAAGAUUCUGAGCGAGGAAGCUACUCCAUCACUCAAGUCUCUGAGAAAUUUGCUCAACGAGGGCGAAAAAAUACCAUUCAACCUUCCGUCAUUAGCUAUGCUAAAGACAUUCGUUGAGCGAUGCAACCGCUGGGUUGAGGACGCUGCAAACUACACAGCGCGCAAGCAGCAGAACCGGCGCAAAACUGACAAAUCUUGGCGCGCGUCUAUCAGCAAAGCCAGUGACAUCCAAGAACCGAAAGACAGAGAGGUGCGAAGCGUAGGCCAUAUGUACAAACUUAUGGCAGAGGCAGAGCAGCUUGGCUUCGACUGUCCCGAGAUCCUGCAGCUCCAGGAGCGCGCCGAGGCAAUUAAGGUGUUCCAAGAAAACGCCCAACGAGUUUUGGAACAUAGCUCCACGUCUACGCAGUCUAUUGAUACUGUUGAAGAGCUUCUGGAGGAAGGCCACAGCUUCAAUGUCGACAUUCCUGAGGUGGAAAAGCUAUCGCACGUGCUUGAUCAGCUGAAAUGGAGCCAGAAAGCACGCCAGAAGCGCGGUACAUUCAUCAGCCUGAAUGAGGUCAAGGAGCUUAUCGAAGAGGGCAACCGGCUUGGGAUCAGGAGCUAUAAUGACCACAUGGUUCACUACAACGAUCAACUGAACGCCGGUGAACAAUGGGAGCGCAAAGCACAGGAAAUCAUCAAUGCAGAUGCGAUUCACUACGCACAGCUCGAAGCACUCUCUCAGCAAGCCACGGUCAACGCUCUGCCGGUAUCCCAGGCGACCCUUGCAGAAGUCGAUCGCAUCCUGUUCAAGCAACGAGAAGCCCUUGGGCAGAUUCAAGACCUUAACGCAAGAUGCCGCAAUCCCGAUCACAGGAAGCGACCAAUGUACGCUGAAGUGUGCGAAAUAAUGAAAAAGGUAGAAGAGCUGCAACACAAACCGAACGGAACCCCGGAACUCGAAAAGGAGCAACGUCGACACGAGGAUUGGAUGCGCAAGGGAAAAAAACUCUUCGGAAAGACCAACGCGCCAUUACACAUCCUCAAGAGCCAUCUUGAGUACGUGUUGGAGCGUAACUCGGACUGUUUUGAUAUCGGCCAUGAUAAACCUCGAGUUCCGGCCGAACCAGCGUCGCGAGAGCCUAGCCCUGACGCGGAGCCAAAGCUUCACCGUUGGGAAGAUCCGCGAUUCCGUGAGGUUUUCUGCAUUUGUCGCCGCACUGAAGCUGGGAUGAUGAUCGAGUGCGAGCUAUGCCAUGAAUGGUAUCACGGUAAAUGUCUCAAGGUAGCACGGGGGAAGAUCAGGGAGGACGACAAAUACACCUGCCCGAUAUGCGAUUGGCGUGUUCCGAUCCCACGCGAUGCUUCGCGGCCGAACCUGGAAGACUUACUUUCAUGGUAUGACGAGAUACCUGGCCUCCCUUUCCAACCGGAAGAGGAGGGCGUACUCAAACAGAUCAUCGAUAAUGCCCAAGACUUCAGGAACCACAUUGGUCCUUACUGCAACAACCCCAUGGCCACUGCUUCUGAAGUUGAAACGCAGAGGUUUUACUUGCGGAAGUUGGAAGGAGCCGAAAUCCUACUGGCAUACGAAACAAACUUCUUUCGAAGAGAGCUGCACAAGUGGAGCCCAGUCGCUCCGCAACCACCUCCCAUGGUGGAAGUCUCGAAGAGCACGAGAAAGCCAAGGCCUACAAAGCUCCAAAAGCUCUUCACACAGUACGGUGUUGAUAACGUGGAUGAUCUUCCCGAGAGUGUUCGCGGCAAGGCCAACAGCCUGAAACGCAAGGCUCUCAACGCGGAAGCGGCGGCGGCGGCAGCGGCGGCAGUUUCUUCCACUGGGCCCAACCCAGCCAGUCUCUCUCCGGCCAUGCAGACGCCCGGAAGUGCGCAUCGAUUUGGAGGAGACAGAAGCUAUUACUCUGGCCCUUCAUCGUCCCAGCCAUCAACGCCAGGUUUACCCAUGGCUGGUAGUACCCACGGCCAUGCCUCACGUCCAUCCGACGCUGGUCAAAGUCCGAGCCUUGUUCACAGGCAGCCUGGCGAGUCUCCCCUCAACAGAGCAGACCCUCUCGGUAUAAAUGGCUCUAUACACCCAGGGUUGUUGGGAACAGAACCCGCGCAACCAGGGCCUAGGUUGAUGAUGGGGGACGCAGGUUCAUCGACCUCGUCACAUGCGCUGGAGGAGCGGAUUCUCAACGGGCAACUCGACGAAGCCACGCUCCAGAAUGAGAAGCCUAAGAUUCUGGAGAUACUGGGCCGAACAGAGGCAGGACGACGACAGGCCGAGCAGCUUUAUGGCCACGCCGUCUGGGGAGGCGCAGUGGGUGCAGCGGAAAGCAGCGAAGAAGGCAAAGACGGAGGUGUUGAAGUCGAGCGCAUGUUCACCGACCUUGUCAACCAUGAGGAUGUGACGGCAGAGACGCUUGAAAGCGAGCGCAACGGGAUGGAUGCCCUACUUGAUGGCGAAUAAGAUGUCAUACGCAGCGAAGUGUUGGAGCAAAAGAGGUGUCACGGAUGUGGCAACCCUUGUAGGUUUGCGAACCUUUCCUGGCUUAGUACGAAGUUUGGCAGUACCAUGCCGGCGUUCUGGGAGGUUACGGAGGAUAAUUUGCAGAGCGAGUUUGUUUGUUUUCCUUUCUGUUUCUUGCACCAAAAACGGACGCACGGGACCAUUCUAAAGAACACUGGGAGUUUAGCAUGAGGAGUCUUUUUGGUUUAUGGCUUGAGGAAAGCUCUGUAAGGGGAUUUCCACUUGGUGCUUUGCCUUUACAACUUCAUCACUGGUCUGGAGUUUCGAGAUAUUGGUGUGGUCUGGCUUGAUAUUCUUUUUUUAUACCUGUAUAAUACGAUGGGCGUAUUACUCUUUCAUUUUGAUACUUUGGUUUCUGUUGUCUUCUUCUCUAUUCUGUUCAACUAGUUCUAGAGCGGGAGUUACUUCUCUUUUUUUCUUCUCUUCACAAGAGCACAUAAAACUGGAAUGGCCAAUUUGCUUUUAUUUUGGAAGGUCUUCAAUGAUGGUUGGCCCAUAGAUAGUCAGGUAGUUGACGAUAGCAUUUGGCUCAAUUGAACCGUUG